AUGGGUAAUGAACCCUUCUUGUUGUUUAGGGGUAGCGAGCUGCUUCCAGGCUUUCCGUCAAGCCGGCCGGAAGGGAAUUUGGCUCAACCCGACGAAGGUGACGUGGAGCGUUUGCCGACGCAUCUGAUUCCCAUUGAACCUCUCACACACUCCGUGGUGCGAGUCGUCUGCCAUUCUUCCACCCGUGCGGGUAUGUCAACGCCACUUGCCCAAAUGUGCGCACUAACUGAUGUCCGUAGAUUGUUGGAGGAAGAAAGAGAUAAAUGCGUUGAGACGGCUCGGUCGUGGGAAGGACUGUGCGCACUUCACUCACACUAUCCCCACGAUCACGCCACAGGCUGCAUGCCAAUAGCAAACGAAGAGUUAGACUGUGUGGCGUCCAGCUUAUCCCUGGAUGAAUCUUUUGUCAAGGAAGUUCUUCGGAGCAAACUCUGGAGGGUGAAAGGCAACGCUGAAAGUGCGGAUGGUAAGGUCGAACCUGAUUUGAAGCGCCUCAAAAUAGUUGUGUCUGAUUUGUGCCAGCUUCUGUGGCACCAUCGUGAUGGAGAGGGGUCCAUAAGCACCGACGGUGUUGCUGUGCCAGACUCGAGUGAGCGCUGUGAAGUCGUUAGACGGGAAAAGAGAAAGGCAUCAAAGGUCGAGGCAAAGAGCGUUUUGUCCAUUAUCGCAGGACUAACAAAAGACAGUUUGGACGAACUCACAGCCAGCCAUGGCAGCGUAGAGCCCCUCCUUGUGGGUUUAGUCUUUAGUGAGGUGUCGGAGGAAACUUGUAAUCAUAGCGGAGGAGAGACGGUUGGAACGCUCGUGGGGGAUGAUUUGCUGAGGCUGUUCGACAAAAAGGUUGAGGCCACUGUGGAAAACAAGGAUGGUUACGGUGAUACAGUUGAUUUUUCUGCCCGGGUACUGCUCCUUAACGCUGUUAUGGAGAGGAAGAACAUGAAAAACAUGGCCCAUGCCUCUCCAAUGUGGUCAGCGCUCCUGUCGGUGGUAAACUUUGUGUAUGUCACUGGUGAUCCUGCAACUGUCCGUUACGUCGCUCAACUGAUCAACCAUGUGCAAUGUUUGACACAACAGGUCACUGCGGAGCCCGCACCUAGACCGCAUUCAAAGGUGGACAUCUCUCUUUUUUACACUCCUCUGAUGGGUGUUGAGAACGAGGAGGGUCUUUACCCAAGUGGUGCACGCUGUGUUUCCAACCUAAAGACCGCGUUGUCGGAAGCAGUCGUUGGCGUGGCGAAUAAAAAAAGAUGGAAACCGGAAGCUUUUUCCCCUGGCGGUUCGGGAGGAUUUCAGGAUUUGUUGCAAUGGUCACUUAUGCUGGAGCACGUGUGGCACCACUGCGGCAGCGCCCCCUGUCACAAGGUUUCUCGGGGGAUAGAGCAAUGGAUUGGCAUGGCUGUUGAGACGGCUGCCGAUAUCUUCGCGUCUACUGCGGAGGCUUUGCUGCUUUCCAUGUAUGUUAUGGAGCCACUUCCUCCUGUAUGCCUGCCUGUAGCGGACAACACAGAAACUGCUGUCAAAUCGGUUGCUGGUUCACCGGGUUUCAGUGUGGGUGAUGUUCUUCUUUCUGCGCAUCGUGUAUCGUUGUUGGUCUUUGGAGCUGUUGUAGGUCCAUGUGCUUCUGACAACCCUCUGCUUCGGCGGGAGGCACUGGAGGACCUUUACGGGGCUCACCUGAAAGCAUCUGAGGCAGUAAGGGGACGACUAGAACGGUUUUGCGCGCGGCAGGCCGAGCGCACUGUGGAUGCUUCGCCGGCACUAAAAAAUCUGGAAAAAUAUCAAAGUCAGUGGAGUAAGACAGUCGAGCUUGAGCAGGGUAAAAAGGGGGAUUCCCUCGCACGCAUUUUAUACGUGUGCAUGGAAGGAAUGCAUCAUAUUUUAAGUACACCACUUAUUAAACAUUGUGACGUUCCAUAUGAUCUUGGCGAAAACGCCAUAGCAGGCGUUGAUGGUUGGCGUUGCAGUGGCGCUACCACCUCGUGCGUGGGAAGGACGACUACCAAUUGUGGAUACGGCGCAAAGGUGAACCAGAGGUGCCAGGUGACCGAAAGUCCAAUUACUUCAUCAUGGGCUUCGGCUGCAAAAUCUUCUGCGAUUUGCAACUUCACAAUGCAACGCCUCCUGCCGAUGUUGCUACACUCAUUAGGGCAGCAACCGGUGGUUUUGAAUGGGAACUCUAUCGUUAAUGUUGGAACGCGCAGGGCCGUGCAGUCUUGGGAAGAUCAGCGGAUGCAACUGGAGGGACGGUGUAGGGCGGCUGAGGCGAUGAUUGAGCACCAACGGUGCGUGAUAGGCGAGAUUAGAAAUCAAAGAAGUGCACUUGGGAAUCGACUACGUGAGGCACAACGGUGCAUGAGAAAACUGGUUAUGAUGUGUGUGGGGUAUGAAGAAGGACACGCGAGCUACGCCCAGAAGUUAGCUUUUCGACUGAAAUAUAGCUUGGAGGAAGAUAUCACUAGUAUUUUCGUUCCCAUUGAGGUAAAGCCGGUUGCGGGAUCGGAUGCUUGGGACGGCGGGGAAACUUCUCAACAGUCAUCUCCGUCGCCGUUGGUGUGCGGUGAAGCUUCAAUGGUAGCACCCUUAGCGGGCCGGGACGAUCUGCGCAGGUUAAUGUUCCGCGAUGCGCAAAUGCAACUCGACGCUUGCCACAAUGUCGUGCGGUGCGUUUGUCAAGAAGCUCGGGAAAACCUCAAUACACUUUCAGCUGCCAUGAUGGAGUGCAGUAUAAGUUACGGAAAUGUCUCCCCCAACGAGUCGUUGCGCGCAAUGUUUUCCACUUCACUUUACGGAACGAGGACGAAUGAACCCAGCGGUGGUUACAUGCCCCCUACUGGUGAUCAAGAAUGUGACUGUGACGGCAGUAACCAAGGUGAUAUGUACCAAAAAGAUGAUUCAAAGCACACAUAUCCCUCUACAAUCAUCAAAGUACCCCUGGGGUUAAGUACUCACAAUAAUAAUCACAAAAAUUUCGAAGGCAAAAAUCAACCCCGUGGGCGGGCUCUCGAAAUUUCCUCCAAUGAGUCGCGUCCACUGUCUCACACAGGAAAAACAACUUGGGGCUCGAGAGACGAACAAAUUUAUCAGCACGAAAAGCAACAAACACUUAACACAUCUACAAAGCGCCGAUACGUCUCAACACCGUCAGCUUCGCGGUGUUCAUCAAGAGACAUAGUAGCAGUCAUCCAAUCACCAAAACCAAGCAAGGCGGCCAUCGACGCCAUUGCACAUCUCCAAAAGAAACAUGCCGAAGGAAAAUCUCAUCACCAACAUUUAAAAAAGCAAUACGAAGAUACGUGUCUGUCUUUGGUGAAAACAGCAGCGGAAUUUCAAGAGAACAUAGCAAGACAAAAGAUAGAACAGACCUGCUGGUCUGAACAGAACAAAAUACUAUUAGCGUUCAUCAAUACAACCGUGAGGGAGACACAGAUAUCGAUGAUGAAACAAAAAAUCGAAAAGGAACGCACAUUGACGGAGGAGGAUUCCCGAAAAUUAGCUACUGACCGUCGGGUGCUUGACUUAUCUAAGGUGUAUUUUGACUCACUGAACGAGGUACGUGAAUCCAUGGCGGAACACUAUGGUACUCUCAUGUGUGAAUGCAAAACAGUACUGAGUAAUGCGAAUGCUACAAGCUAUGAAGCUCAUCAGCAGUUGGCGGAGGAGAUUCGUGCUCGUGAAUUAGCUACUGACCGUCGGGUGCUUGACUUAUCUAAGGUGUAUUUUGACUCACUGAACGAGGUACGUGAAUCCAUGGCGGAACACUAUGGUACUCUCAUGUGUGAAUGCAAAACAGUACUGAGUAAUGCGAAUGCUACAAGCUAUGAAGCUCAUCAGCAGUUGGCGGAGGAGACUCGUGCUCGUGAAUUAGCUACUGACCGUCGGGUGCUUGACUUAUCUAAGGUGUAUUUUGAGUCACUGAACGAGGUACGUGAAUCCAUGGCGGAACACUAUGGUACUCUCAUGUGUGAAUGCAAAACAGUACUGAGUAAUGCGAAUGCUACAAGCUAUGAGGCUCAUCAGCAGUUGGCGGAGGAGACUCGUGCUCGUGAAUUAGCUACUGACCGUCGGGUGCUUGACUUAUCUAAGGUGUAUUUUGACUCACUGAACGAGGUACGUGAGUCCAUGGCGGAACACUAUGAUACUCUCAUGUGUGAAUGCAAAACAGUAUUGAGUAAUGCGAAUGCUACAAGCUAUGAAGCUCAUCAGCAGUUGGCGGAGGAGAUUCGUGCUCGUGAAUUAGCUACUGACCGUCGGGUGCUUGACUUAUCUAAGGUGUAUUUUGACUCACUGAACGAGGUACGUGAAUCCAUGGCGGAACACUAUGAUACUCUCAUGUGUGAAUGCAAAACAGUAUUGAGUAAUGCGAAUGCUACAAGCUAUGAGGCUCAUCAGCAGUUGGCGGAGGAGACUCGUGCUCGUGAAUUAGCUACUGACCGUCGGGUGCUUGACUUAUCUAAGGUGUAUUUUGACUCACUGAACGAGGUACGUGAGUCCAUGGCGGAACACUAUGAUACUCUCAUGUGUGAAUGCAAAACAGUACUGAGUAAUGCGAAUGCUACAAGCUAUGAAGCUCAUCAGCAGUUGGCGGAGGAGACUCGUGCUCGUGAAUUAGCUACUGACCGUCAGGUGCUUGACUUAUCUAAGGUGUAUUUUGACUCACUGAACGAGGUACGUGAAUCCAUGGCGGAACACUAUGAUACUCUCAUGUGUGAAUGCAAAACAGUAUUGAGUAAUGCGAAUGCUACAAGCUAUGAAGCUCAUCAGCAGUUGGCGGAGGAGACUCGUGCUCGUGAAUUAGCUACUGACCGUCGGGUGCUUGACUUAUCUAAGGUGUAUUUUGACUCACUGAACGAGGUACGUGAAUCCAUGGCGGAACACUAUGAUACUCUCAUGUGUGAAUGCAAAACAGUAUUGAGUAAUGCGAAUGCUACAAGCUAUGAAGCUCAUCAGCAGUUGGCGGAGGAGAUUCGUGCUCGUGAAUUAGCUACUGACCGUCGGGUGCUUGACUUAUCUAAGGUGUAUUUUGACUCACUGAACGAGGUACGUGAAUCCAUGGCGGAACACUAUGAUACUCUCAUGUGUGAAUGCAAAACAGUAUUGAGUAAUGCGAAUGCUACAAGCUAUGAAGCUCAUCAGCAGUUGGCGGAGGAGAUUCGUGCUCGUGAAUUAGCUACUGACCGUCGGGUGCUUGACUUAUCUAAGGUGUAUUUUGACUCACUGAACGAGGUACGUGAAUCCAUGGCGGAACACUAUGGUACUCUCAUGUGUGAAUGCAAAACAGUACUGAGUAAUGCGAAUGCUACAAGCUAUGAGGCUCAUCAGCAGUUGGCGGAGGAGACUCGUGCUCGUGAAUUAGCUACUGACCGUCGGGUGCUUGACUUAUCUAAGGUGUAUUUUGACUCACUGAACGAGGUACGUGAGUCCAUGGCGGAACACUAUGAUACUCUCAUGUGUGAAUGCAAAACAGUACUGAGUAAUGCGAAUGCUACAAGCUAUGAAGCUCAUCAGCAGUUGGCGGAGGAGAUUCGUGCUCGUGAAUUAGCUACUGACCGUCGGGUGCUUGACUUAUCUAAGGUGUAUUUUGAGUCACUGAACGAGGUACGUGAAUCCAUGGCGGAACACUAUGAUACUCUCAUGUGUGAAUGCAAAACAGUACUGAGUAAUGCGAAUGCUACAAGCUAUGAAGCUCAUCAGCAGUUGGCGGAGGAGAUUCGUGCUCGUGAAUUAGCUACUGACCGUCGGGUGCUUGACUUAUCUAAGGUGUAUUUUGACUCACUGAACGAGGUACGUGAAUCCAUGGCGGAACACUAUGAUACUCUCAUGUGUGAAUGCAAAACAGUACUGAGUAAUGCGAAUGCUACAAGCUAUGAAGCUCAUCAGCAGUUGGCGGAGGAGAUUCGUGCUCGUGAAUUAGCUACUGACCGUCGGGUGCUUGACUUAUCUAAGGUGUAUUUUGAGUCACUGAACGAGGUACGUGAAUCCAUGGCGGAACACUAUGGUACUCUCAUGUGUGAAUGCAAAACAGUAUUGAGUAAUGCGAAUGCUACAAGCUAUGAAGCUCAUCAGCAGUUGGCGGAGGAGACUCGUGCUCGUGAAUUAGCUACUGACCGUCGGGUGCUUGACUUAUCUAAGGUGUAUUUUGAGUCACUGAACGAGGUACGUGAAUCCAUGGCGGAACACUAUGAUACUCUCAUGUGUGAAUGCAAAACAGUAUUGAGUAAUGCGAAUGCUACAAGCUAUGAAGCUCAUCAGCAGUUGGCGGAGGAGACUCGUGCUCGUGAAUUAGCUACUGACCGUCAGGUGCUUGACUUAUCUAAGGUGUAUUUUGAGUCACUGAACGAGGUACGUGAAUCCAUGGCGGAACACUAUGGUACUCUCAUGUGUGAAUGCAAAACAGUACUGAGUAAUGCGAAUGCUACAAGCUAUGAGGCUCAUCAGCAGUUGGCGGAGGAGACUCGUGCUCGUGAAUUAGCUACUGACCGUCGGGUGCUUGACUUAUCUAAGGUGUAUUUUGAUUGUGCUGGGGUGCUAUGUGACGCUGUUUUCAAAAAAUGUAUUUUUUUUGGUGGUGUAGUGUUUGAUAUUUGUCGUGAUUGUUUGGUUCCUAUGUCUAUUUGUUCUUCCGUGUCGCUGGGCGGUGUUUAUGCUUUGGGUGGCAUUGAUGGACUUGUGUACGAAAUGGAAUUGAGGAAACGGCGCAUUGCAGAGUUGGAAGAAUGUGUUCGGCAGAAGCACAUUGUUAUCACAUCACUAAAAGAGAGUAUUGCCAACUUGUAUGGCCUUUUGGAGGCACAGCGAGAUCUUGGCAUGGUCGCUCCACCUCCACCACCGUUAGUGUCGCGCGAGUUUGGUGUGCUGAACUCGAGUGCGAAAGAAGCCGUGGCAUAUGUGAACAGUGAUGCAUCUUUUUCUAGUACUUUUUUUGCAUCACCAUCUCGUGUUCUAUCCCCUGGUGUUAAUGACGGGGUGAAGUUGAAAGUGUGUCCCAGAUCAUUUGCUGAUGAGGCUGUGUUAUCAGCGGAGACAGUUGGGGGCGCUUUUACUUCAUCAAAUGAUCAUCAUGUUGCCGUUGGUGGGGUAGUUGGACACGAAGCUAAUCGUACCGACCAAAUUACGGAUGAAGGUGAACGGUUGCAGGGCUGGAGCCUUCCUAUUGAUCGUAAGGAGAUGCGACCAGUAAGUUGGUAUUUGCAGUCUAUCGCUGCCAUUGAGAGUACGCUCAAGAAGUAG